AGAGGGAUGCUGGAGAACUGCAUCCUGCUUAGCCUCUUUGCGAAAGAGAACCUGAACCGCAUGAGCGAGCAGCAGCUGAACCUUUAUGACCGGCUCAUCAACGAACCCAGCAACGACUGGGACAUCUACUACUGGGCCACAGAAGCGAAGCCCACGCCAGCCGAGUUUGAGAACGACGUGAUGGCCAUGCUGAGGGAGUUUGCCAAGAACAAGAAGAAGGAACAGAGGCUGCGGCAGCCGGACCUGGAGUACCUCUUUGAGCCCUCCCGCUGA